AUGGCACCCGCACAGAAAAGAAAGCCUAUCGAGGAUGAUUUCAUUCACACAAUAUCGGAUAAUGACGAAGAUGUUGCCGAGGAGGAAGUAAUGCAGGCCGAGCCACCCAAGAAGAAGGUCAAGACGACGAAAAAGGCAAAGAAGGCUUCCAAGGCCAACGAUGCUUCAGCCGAUGAGGAGGAGGCGGAGGAGGCUGAGGGUGUCUGGGGACGCAACGAAGAUGAUGAUGGUGCCAUGGACUCUGACUUUGAGUUUAUGGCGGAUAAUGCCGGCGAAUUUGGCGAGGAGGAGUUUGAGGGCUGGGGUUUCGACGGUGCCAGAAAGAGCAUGAACAUGAACAAGAAGAUGGUAGACAUCGACGAAAUUAUCCGAAGACGGAGGGAAAAGAAGGGUGAGGUGUCCGCAGAUGCUGAAAACGAGGAGGAGGAGGAGGAGGGCGACGACGACGAAGAUCUUCUUUUCGAGAAUGGCAUGGAAAUGGACGAUGAUGACGAUGAAGUUCUUGCCGAGGACGCCUUUGGCAUGAAUGUUGAUCUUGGAUCAGAGGAGGACGAGGAUGAGAACAAGGCUGAGGGCGAGAAAGAAGAAGGCGACGACCAGGAGGAAGGCGACGCAUCCGAUAACGAUUCUAUUGCCACCCCCGAGGGCCAUCCCGACGAUGACGACGUAUCCGACGCCAGCGAACAAGAAGAUGCCGAGGAGGAGGCCAAACGCGUUGCCUUCUUCGCCCCGGAAGAGAAACCCAAGGGCGGCAAGGAAGAAAAAGUAGCUUCUUUCCAAGCCAUGUCCCUUUCUCGCCCUAUUCUCCGCGGUCUUACCAAUGUCGGCUUUACGAAGCCUACCCCCAUCCAGUCCAAGACCAUUCCUAUUGCUCUGAUGGGCAAGGAUCUUGUUGGCGGAGCCGUCACCGGCUCUGGUAAAACUGGUGCUUUCAUUAUUCCUAUUCUUGAGCGGCUCCUGUACCGACCCAAGAAGAUCCCCACCACCCGAGUGGUUGUCCUUACGCCUACUCGUGAAUUGGCUAUUCAGUGUCACGCCGUCGCAACCAAGCUUGCAGCACACACCGACAUCAAGUUUACGCUGGCUGUCGGAGGUCUCAGUUUGAAAAUGCAAGAAGCUGAGCUGCGACUCCGUCCUGAUGUCAUUAUCGCUACGCCUGGUCGUUUCAUCGAUCACAUGCGCAAUUCGGCUAGCUUCCCCAUCGACACUGUUGAGAUUCUUGUUCUUGAUGAAGCUGAUCGAAUGUUGGAAGACGGUUUCGCCGACGAACUCAAUGAAAUCCUCACCACUCUGCCUAAAUCCCGCCAGACCAUGCUCUUCUCUGCCACCAUGACGUCAACUGUCGACAGACUUAUCCGAGUUGGAAUGAACAAGCCCGCCCGAGUCAUGGUUGACUCGCAAAAGAGAACUGUCGGUACGCUGGUUCAAGAAUUUGUCCGCCUGCGCCCGGGUCGAGAAAACAAGCGUAUGGGCUACCUGGCGCACAUCUGCAAGACGCUAUACACAGAACGAGUCAUUAUCUUCUUCCGUCAAAAGAAGGAUGCUCACGAAGCACGUGUCAUCUUUGGAAUUCUAGGAAUGACUUGUGCGGAGCUUCACGGAAGCAUGAGCCAGACAGGACGUAUCGAAAGUGUAGAGGCGUUCCGAGACGGCAAGGUCAACUACCUCCUCGCGACUGACCUGGCAUCUCGUGGUCUAGAUAUCAAAGGCGUCGACACCGUCAUCAACUACGAAGCACCUCAGUCGCUGGAAAUCUAUGUCCACAGAGUCGGACGUACGGCCCGUGCCGGUCGCAAGGGUGUUGCUCUGACCCUGGCUGCUGAAUCUGACAGAAAGGUCGUCAAGGCUGCAGUCAAGUCGGGCAAAGCACAAGGCGCCAAGAUCUCCAGUCGCGUGAUUGAAGCUGAAAAGGCAGACAAGUUGCAGGCUCAGAUUGAUGGUAUGGAGCAUGAGAUUAAGGGAAUCAUGCGGGAAGAAAAGGAAGAGAAGCAGUUUGCGGCAGCAGAAAUGCAAGUCAGGAAGGGAGAGAACAUGAUUGAACACGAGGCGGAGAUCAAGGGACGCCCCAAGAGAACAUGGUUCGAGACGGAGCACGACAAGAAGAAGGCCCUGGGCAAGAUGAGCAACAAGGUGCAGAAGCGCCUGGACAAUAAGGCCGAGCGAGCAGACGGCAUGGGGUGGAGGAAGGGCAAGGCAGAUGCGCUGAACGCAAAGACAAAACAUAGCCAAAAAGGAGGGCCCAAGGGCAAAAAGGGCAAGGCCGGCGGGCGCAAAUGA